GGAGAGCAAACAUCCUCAUUAAAAGUCUUUUCCUCAGAACUGGAAUUGUUCAUCAUGUUAAGGGUGACUAUUUUAUUCUUCAUCUUGGCAUCCCUCUCGCCAAAACCAACUGAUGCAACAGAUUUAGAGCACAAAAGGGCAUUUAAAACUUCAGAUUCUCCAUUGUACCAAAAAGAGGGUUGUUUUAGCGCCAAGACCGCAAAAACUGGAGUUUAUCUUGGGACGUUCUCCUCCAAUUCCUAUUCGGCGGUGGACCAAUGCGCUCAGGCAGCUCGAAAACAAGAUUUCACGGAAUUCGCCCUCUUUGAAGGCGGUCUGUGUAAAGGAGGGCAUGAUCUCAACGAAGAAUAUAACGAUCAAGAAGCAUCUCUAGGCCUCUGCAAGAACGAUGUGGGCGGGAAAGAUUUUGUGGUUCUAUACUCGUUAAAACAAACAGAGAGUGGAUGCCGUAUUCAAUCGUCCGACAAAGCCAACAAAAAGUGUCGAAGACAGAGACAACGGGAACUUGAACUGACCAGAAAAGAUUACCAGCUCGCACAAGAUAAUAACGAACUUUCACGUCUCAACAAGACCCCUGCAGAAGUAUACGGUAUCCUUGUACGAGAUGCUUUAGAUCAUCACUGGAUUACGUUGUACAACUCUACUAUAUUCAAGAACUUAGGUCUCUUUUUACGGUUUAACCGUAGCAAAGAAGAUGACUACAUUAGAAUAUACAACUUCUUUAUUAACAAUCAACUGGCGGGGGUUUCUCAGGAAGACAAAAGAUAUUUUCGAUUUUCUUUUCAAGACAAGGCCAUUCCUUUCAGAAAUCUGUCUGACCUUGCUCUUUGGAGAGACGACGAGCUGUUUACUGACCAGCGAUUGGCUGGCAGCAACCCAAUGGCCAUUCAAAGGGUUUCUUGGGAUCCAGAAGUACAUGGAGGAGUGGACUGGACAGAAUUGAGUGGAAAAUUAAAUCCAAGCUUUGACUGGGAAGGAGAAAUACAGGAUGUGAUUGGGCUAGACAUUUCACUUCAUAAGGCAAUAUCUGAGGGAUUUGUAUAUGUGGUGCAUUAUCCUCUCUAUGACGGACUGGAUUCACUUGGCGUCGACAGGUUUGGUAAACUAAUGGAUGCCUUCUCACCCAUCGCCAUUUUUGCAUCAAAACCCAGUCGACAACAACGGCCAAACAUGCUUAAACCGGUUGCCAUUCAAUUAAACAGCUCUUCAGCUUCUCCGGUGUUUACUCCAGAAGAUAGUGAACUCUGGUUGAUGGCUAAGCAUGUCCUUCAAGGGGUAGACUACGCUCAAAACCAGAUUGUGGAACAUCUUUACAAGCUCCAUAUGUUUAUGGAGCCCGUGUGUGUAUGCAUGCAUCGGAACCUGGCAAAAUUGCACCCUCUUCAUCACCUCUUAAAGCACCAUUGCAGGGGACUGAUUGGGACCAAUUCGUUUGGGACUCCAUUCCUCAUGGCGGAGAACGGCUCCAUAAACAGCCUCCUGACUGUUGGACGCAGUGGCUCUCAGGUAAUGAUGUCUAGGGCCUAUCAGGAAAUAAGCUGGGAUGAUACAGACUUCUUGGACAAUAUCAAGAAACGAGGACUUGGCGACAGGAAUAAGCUUCCGUAUUUUCCGUACAGGGACGAUGGAGAGCUGAUACAUGAGGCGAUAUCAAAUAUGGUCAACGAAUACGUCGACGAGUAUUACAAUUCACACAAGGAUGUUCAGGCCGACUCUGAACUCCAGAAUUUUGCCAAUGAUGUUUCACUGGGAUCUGGGAAGGUGAAAGACUUUCCUGGUAAAAUAACUUCCAAAUGGAGUCUAAAAAAGCACUUGACUCGCUUCAUUUGGGCGACUAGUGCCCAGCACAGCGCCGUCAACUAUCCUGUGGAUCACAGUGGAGCUCUGACGCUCAACAUGCCGAGUAAACUCUACAUCGACGAUAACGCGGGGGCUGGGCACUACGGCUUCAACAACCUCCCCAGGAGAGAGACAUGUGGGCGUCAGGCGGCGCUAUCGAUGACUUUGGCAGCCAUGCAUUACGACUCUCUUUUUGACUUCGUUUUUCGUGUUCCGGAUAAGAAAGGAAGAUUGGUUGUCCAGAAGUAUUACAACUACUUGCAUGGUUAUGUUACGUCCACCAUUUCGCAAAGGAAUGUGAAAAGAUUCAAGGAAGGCCACUUGCCCUAUCCUUAUUUCCUACCAGCCUGGAUUGCUAACAGUAUUCACACUUAAGCAUCGAAACUGCCUGCUCUAGUCUAACGGCCUAUCGAAAAUGGACUUGGAUUCACUUGAAAAACAAAAACAAAAAUACAUCGGUGUUUAUUCAACUUUUUUUUUUCUCAAAUUCGCUCGUGAUACCUUUCAAUUCCUAAAGAAGCUCGGCAUUUUCAUUUAGUUUCAAAGAUGUAUUUGGGAGCAAAAAUACAUUUAUUAUUGGUAGGUAUUGUUACGUUUUGUUGAAUAUUAUAAAAGGAUAUAAAAGACUUGAAAA